UGCAGAAAAAGCCGCGAUAUAUAAGCAAAUGAAAUUUUACAUGUUUUUUCGAUAAUUACCCACUGAAAUGGCGCCUACGGUGGCGACUUGGCAACGAACUGGAGUUUAUCGAGGAUGAGCUGUAGCUGGACCAAGGUAGCAGGAUACGACAAGUACAGGAUAUGGCAGUGUCUUCACAUAACAAUUCAGUGGAGAGACCCGUUUCCAUUUUAGGCAAAUUCAUUCAAAGCUUCCCAACAUGUUGGUUUACUUCAAGAUGGAAACCUUAAAAUUCGGUGGUACCAACGAAAGCUUGUUCACAGUGUCCGGUUUACGAAGCACAAAAAAGAUCUCCACGGUGCUAGUGAAGUGCUACAUGUUGAGGUGCUAACACGAUUUUCCCAAACGGCAAAAUCAAACGGCGAAGCUGUGUUCAGUAAAUGUUUGAUGUUUCUGCCUGUGGAGACAAAAGCCCUAACGGGACUUCCGAAAUGUGUAGAGCCGUCACCUGGACGUUUGGGUCAGUGAAUCAGACUACUUUGUAACAACUAAACUGGUUUCCAGCUUGAUGAAUACGAAGCUAAAGUUAUAGUACAACAAUGACUUAACGUUCCAUGUUCUCGAUCUUGUGCGUUUACCUAGUGGAAUUAUUCUCGUGUUGUCUACUUCAUCAUACCAUCCAAUCUGGUUGAAUAUGAUAGGUAACGAGCUCUAGGUGGUAAUCCUUUAACCCUUUUUCCGUAGAUUUGCGAUCGAUUUGCUUGUGAUUGGCAGCCGUUUUGAAAGCAACACUAGUCCAAACUAAUCCAUGGAUUCGAAGUCAUUCCAUCAAACCAAUAAAACCAAACCUAACAAUGACCAGAGAAAAAUUCAGAAGGUUGCUCUAAGUUCUUUCUAGUCUACUCUAGCUGGAUCAAUAUGUAGUGAUCGCCAUAGUAGAAGCUAUUCUCAGAAGUGGAUCAGGAUACGCAAAGCUGGAUAUUCGACUCAUGUGAUGAAACGAUAUGUACACGGAUAGUGCAGCAAAUCAUGGCGACUCGAUGAUAACACAAGUUCUAAAUACAUAACGCAACGUCACGACAUGUCAGUCAACCAUCAACAAGCACAGCAAUGAACGAAAUUUCUACGAACGAGAUCGUAAAUGUGUUGAACCAAAACAGCAAAUUCCGUAACAUACUUGCCAGUAAGUUGAACUUGAGUAGCGUUCCUUCCCAUACGGAAUUACUACACAUGGUUCGAAUCCUGUGCGAUCAUUUUUUCGGCAACCGGAUCAGAGAGCAGCAUGAUUACCCAAAAACACAAGAAAAGAAGCUACUUGCAGAGCGUAUUAUUGAAGCGUUCCCGCAAUUAGCUCGGCCUGCUUCGCGCGGAGCGCCAGCUGAAUCGAUGUUUUUUUUUAAGCACAACGGGCAGUCCAAGGGGACUCAUCGUGGAUAUAUUGAGCAGCGUAUCUGCAAUAUACGGAAGGAAGUUCCGAAAGAGAAUCGGAUGUUCAACCGCAAUUCGCAGAACACAACCUCAGACAUUGUGUCUGACGAUAUAGUGGCGGCUGCAGAUCUUUGCUCUGCACUUGAUGCAUCAUUCUUAAACUCGCGACAGAUUUCAAUUCUAAUGAAGACAACUUUUGUGAUUCACAGUAAUUUAUUGAAACAAAAAGCUUCCGUAUCUCAAAUAUUUCUUCAAUUUCCACACUUCAAAUCGUACCAUGGAUUAAUGGUUCAACAAGCAUUCAAUAGAAUAAAUCAGAUUCAAAGCAUGGAUACUAAUAUAAGAAGACUGUUAUCAAAAGGGCUGUUAUUGAAUCGAAACGCAUUCACUGAUGUCGAGGAUGAUUAUAUACGCGGAUCAUUGAUUCUUAUGAAAGAAAUGGUAGUACGAGGCGCUAAACGAGCGAAAGAAGAUGCAAGUUUGUCUACAGAUGAAAUCUUCGCAGCACCGCUUGUUCGCUGGAUUAAUGUAGACAAGCAACACACACACCUCACGGCCGGUAUAUACCCGCCGCAUAUCGCUUGCUUCGGGAAGACAAAAGGAAGAGGAAUAUACUUCGUAGUUCUUGAGAGAGAAGCGAUAGACUGCGGAGAUUGCUCAAUACAAACUUUAGAUGUGUUUUUUAAAUCAUUCGCUGUUUUCGGAGUUAAAGUGCCGGUUUUUGUGUAUCCGCUUUACGAAAUAUUUAAAAUUAAGAUUCAUAAAUUGGCCACACAUAGUGCACGCAACACAGUUAAUAACGUGUUAAAAGCAUUGGACAACGCAGAACGGGCAGAAGAGCUUAACCAAUACACAACAUGAAAUCAGGUGUUUUUUACAACACACAACAUGAAAUCAGGUAUUUUUACACAAAA